AUGUCAUCUUCAAAUCUCCUACAAUCACAAUCACAUUCAUCUCCAUCGUUGUUGUCACCAUCUUCCGCGGCAACAAGCACAACCAAGUCGUCGUCGUCGUCUUCUUCUUCAUCUUCACUAUUGAAGAUAAGACCAAGAGAAGUUGUAUUUCAUCCACCAUUCCAAGGAUUCAUUUCCAAUCAAUUAAAGUUAUACAAUCAAAGUGAACAUAUUCUAGCUUAUAAGGUCAAGACUACUGCACCCAUUAGAUAUUGUGUCAGACCAAACACUGGUAUCAUCCCACCUGGUGAAUCAAUCGAUGUUCAAAUUCUUUUAAAUUGUACUAAAGAUGUUCCAUCCAUUUCAAUGAAGACAAAGGAUAAGUUCCAAAUUCAAAGUACAAUCGUUAGUGAAUUAAAUACCGAUCCAAAGUUAAUCUGGAGUACAACACCUGUCAAUCAAAUAAUGAAACAAAGAUUAAAGGCAGUAUUUACAUUACCAAAUCAUAGUGAUAAUGAUAGUCAUCACCAAAAUCAACAACAACAACAACAACAAACACAACAAACACAACAGCAUUUACAUGCUAAUGACAUGUCUUCAGUGGUCGGUGAUAAUCACAAUAUUGACUCUGACUCGGCUGAUGAAGUUGUCUUUGAAUCGUUGAUCAGUGAUGUACCAUCCGAAAACACUUCAUCCUCAGUAUACAUGUCAACCAUUGGAUCAUCAUCGAUAUUCCCAACAGCUUCAUCCAGUCAACAACCAGCGACAGCUGCAUUGACCACCACCUCAAAUAUAGCAUCUACACAGUCAUCGUCAAAUGAUGAUAAUAAUAAUAUUAGUAAACCACAUCCAGAUUCAUCAUCAUCUACUUCUUCAAUCGUAAAAAAACGUAAUGUUAUUGGAUCAUCUACUCCAGAUUCCACCUCUUCUUCAUCUUCAAAACCAAACCAUUCUACCUCGACAACAACAUCAUCAUCUACACCAACCGAACAAUCUAAAGAUCGUGAUUAUUUUGUAAAUGAGAACAUUCAAUUGACAAAUCAAAUUAAACAAAUGUUAAAUCAAGAUAACUAUUAA